GCCGUGUCAACAGCUCUACUCGUAGGAAUCAAAGUAGCUCCAGAGACGUUUGACGAAGUUUCCAUUUACUUUAGUGAUAUUGUUGGUUUCACGACUAUUUCAGCAAUAUCCACACCUUUGCAAGUGAUUGGGCUUCUCAAUGACCUCUACACGUUGUUCGAUCGAGUUAUUGCCAAUUAUGAUGUGUACAAAGUGGAGACUAUUGGCGAUGCAUAUAUGGUCGCCUCGGGAUUGCCCAUUCGAAAUGGCCAUCAGCAUGCCAAUGAAAUCGCCUUUAUGGCACUGGAUCUUCUUAGCUGUUGUGGAACUUUCAAAAUCAAGCAUCUGCCUGAAAUUCCCCUACAAAUUCGCAUAGGUUUGCACAGUGGUCCUUGUGUUGCCGGUGUAGUUGGAUUAGCUAUGCCCCGCUACUGUCUUUUUGGAAACACCGUAAGUCGUGCGCAGAAAAUGGAAUCAUCGGGCGCGGCAUUUAGGAUUCACAUAAGCCAAAGCCUAAAGGAACUGUUGGAUGAUAUCGGUGGUUUCAGCUUCGAAUAUGGUGGAGUUAUUGAGUUUGAUGGUGGAUCAAAAGCACUGACCUAUUGGCUUUGUGGAAAUUCUCAAUUUCAUAAACCUUUGCCCAAGCCACCGGCUUUGAUUGGGUAA